ACGUCUAUCAUCAUGGCCCUCGAUCCGAUUCUGCAGGAGGUUUGGGCUCUCUAUGCCAUCUCUAUGUUCAUCAUCCUUGCUCGUUAUGCAGUCCGUCUACGAACUGUCGGGUUCAGAGGUCUUUACUGGGACGACCUUUUCUGUGUCGGUGUGAUGAUAUUCAACACAGUCGAUGCUGUCACCGUGCAUCUCGUUCACUACACUGGCGAAAGCUCUGAGGUUACCGAGAAAUGGCUCGAGACUGCCACUCAAGCCGACAUUGAUCGCGUGAUCUAUGGAUCCAAGUUGGAGUACACUGCAUGGUGCAGUUAUCCCGCAUUAAUCUGGUCCAUGAAAUUCACUAUGUUGUUUUUCUACAAGCGUCUGACGCUGGGCUCUUUCCACAACAAGCUGAUCAAGUACCUCAUGUGGUUUACUGGUAUCAGCUAUGUUGUCGUCUGGUUUGUGCUCAUCUUUGGUUGCUUCCCACCGCAAAACUUCCUUGCUGUCGCUAUUCCCAACAUCCUCACCGACGCAGCCAUUCUUUCGGUUCCAAUUCCAAUGCUCUGGCAGUUGAAGAUGCCCCUGAAGAAGAAGAUCACGAUUGCAGUUAUCCUUUCAUCAGGAUUGUUCGUCAUCGUUGCCGCUAUCGUUCGUGUUGUCCUAUCUCUUGAUGCAGCACCCUCUGCCGCCAACAUUAACGGAUGGGGUGUUCGCGAAACGUUCAUCGGUAUCUUCACUAUCAAUGUGCCUAUUCUCCGUCCCAUCCUCAGCAGAGCAUUCUGGCUGCCAGGCCCUUACGACCCCAACAACACCGGGAGAGGAUCAGGAUAUGGUAGAUCUGGCCACAAUCUACACUCAGCUCAUGCCAACAACAAGUCAUUCAAAGGCACAAAGCUCCCCAGCGAGAUUGACAAGUCAGGUACUGUCAAUGAGUAUGAACUCGAGGGCAGAACCCCAGUCUCGGACACUUUCGAUAUUGAGAGCAAUGCUUCGACAGAAAAGAUGGUAUACACAAGGAGCAAUCGCAGUCAAAACCACCCAUACGAUGUAGACGAUGGCGUUCGUGUGGAAACUUCGUACGCUAUUCACUCAACUCGUCGUGACGAGGAAACAGGCUCAAUGCACGGCGCUUGGAACAGCAUCGGCCUGCCGAAAUGA